GCUUAUGUGGCCGGAUGUUGUCGUUAGUCGGACAGAUGUCGCUAAUGCAGCGGUGUUGUGCAGUUUUUCCCGUUCGUUUUCACCUCAGUGACCGUCUCAUUCGUUUCGGGGGUGUGGUUGGCGUUCACCCGUCGGUCAGUCCGCUAGGAAAUGUUUAUUUUAAAGGUUUAGCCGCGAGGCAGCGGAGAACAACUCACUUCUAAAGUUAACAUUAGCUCUGUCGCUCCACUAACCGAGUAGCCUGCUAGCUUACUUUAACUGCACAAAACAAAAUAUAUACAACUUUUAAAGUAUGGAGCAUUAACUUUAAUUGUUUAUCUAUUCAAAGAAAAUGAUUUAAGCACAUUUUUGAACAGUUAGCUUCCCCUUUUGAUGAAGCUGUGAGUUAACGGUCGUGGAUGGAUGUCUAGCUCGGCCGUCGUAAAGCGGAAACGCUCCUGCUGUCAGAGAUGUCACUGACCCCGCAGUGAGGAGGCUGUAGAGAAGCGCAGCGGGAUGGUGUGUGCGUCACCUCUGCUGAGUAAACCACACCUCAAAGAAGGAGUGACGCCGAACACCGCGACAAGCCUCGGCGGCGGUCAUUCGUGCGGUUCCAGCGGCCUCGUCGCUCAUCUGUCGGAGCGGAUCCCCGCCGCCGCAGCAGCUCGUGCCCGCUCUCCGUCUCCACGUGCGCGGCUUCUGCAGACAUCGGGUUCAGCAUGAAGGCCGGGAGCUCCAGGUUCUCCUUCUACUCGGGGUUCGUCGUGGGAACGUUCGCCCUGUACGUGUUCCUGCGGCAGGUGUGGUUCGAGCGGACUGCGCCGGACACCGGCAGCUUCGCGGAUCUGGGCGAAUUCCAGCAACAGCUGGAGGAAGAGAAGAAGAUCUGGAAGAAGGAGAGAUCCGCACUCUUCAACCUCAAACACCCUCACCACAUAGGAGAGGACAGCCACCUGGCGGAUGAGUUGUAUAAGAAGGUCCGCAUUCUCUGCUGGGUUAUGACGGGACCCAACAACCUGGAGAAGAAGGCUCGUCACGUCAAGUACACGUGGAGCCGCCACUGCAAUAUCGUCAUUUUCAUGAGCUCCGUGGACGACCCGGACUUUCCUACGGUGGGAUUAGGGACGAAGGAAGGGCGCGACCAGCUGUACUGGAAGACCAUCCGAGCCUUCCAUUACGCCUACGAGCAUCACGCAGAAGAGGCGGACUGGUUCCUCAAAGCCGAUGACGACACUUACGUCAUCGUGGACAACCUGCGCUGGAUCCUCGCCAACUACACGGCUCAAGAUCCCAUUUACUUCGGACGGCGGUUCAAACCCUACGCCAAGCAGGGAUACAUGAGCGGCGGGGCAGGCUACGUGCUGAGCCGGGAAGCUCUGCGGAGGUUUGUGGAGGGUUUUCAGAGCAAAGUGUGCACUCACACCACCUCUGUGGAGGACCUGGCCAUGGGCCAGUGCAUGGAGAAGGUUGGAGUGAAGGCGGGGGACUCCAGAGACUCCGAACACAGGGAGACGUUUCACCCCUUUGUCCCGGAGCAGCACCUCACCGCCAAGUUCCCAAAGAGCUUCUGGUAUUGGAGCUACUGCUACUACCCCAUUGUAGAGGGCCCACAGUGCUGCUCGGAUCUGUCCGUGUCCUUUCAUUACGUGGACGCCGCCGGCAUGUAUUUACUGGAAUACUACGCCUAUCACCUGCGUGCCUUCGGCUACAGACACCGGUACCAAUCCCCCACCCCCAAAGGUUUAAGACUGGAGCAGUCCGGCUCCCGGGACUCGGAAAAGCAUCAUCAGGAGUCGGCUCCUGAGGAAGAGAAGCGAGUACCGGAUCAUAAAGAGGAUCGGCCUCCUGACGCUAAAGAGGCUGCGGAGGGGAAGUGACCCCCCGCUCUGAGCGGAGAUACUGACCCCCCGCUCUGAGCGGAGGGGCAGUGACCCCCCCCGCUCUGAGCGGAGAUACUGACCCCCCGCUCUGAGCAGAGGGGAAGUGACCCCCCCGCUGUGAGCGGAGAUGCUGCUGAACUGUUUCAGUUCAUGACAGACCCGCUUUAAAACUGAAACUGUCUCAUUUAAUCCGAAGGAAGAUGAAGGAGUGCUUCUCACGUCAGCUGUGACUCCAAGACUGUUCCCCGUGUUUCCGACCCGGCUCACGUUUGUCCCAACAGGCGGGCCUUACCUGAACCUGCUGCUCUGGUUUAGAGCUGAAUGAACAGUUCAGCUGUUUUCAUGUCCUUCUUCAUCUCUGCUGUUUUCCAUCUGACCUCACGCAGCGUCUGAUCCGGUUCUGGAAGCCGGUCCAUCAUUAAGGAUGAAACAUGGUUUUAAGUUCUGUUAUUGACGUAAACGACCCACCAAACUUAAAUCUGCCAUGUUUGCACAGUCUGAAGUCUCCUCUGUUUCAUUGAUCAUGACGUGUUUCUGUAGUGAUUGGAUCUGGGCGGUGUCAUAUUGGGGUUUGGAUUUGUUUGGGUUUUUGGUUUUCUGGAGGGGAAUUGGGAUAAAAGCAACACGUUAAAUAAAAUAAGGAAAAGCAUC